AUGGCGACAGAGAACUACGAAUCUACAACUCUCACGUUUGGAGUAAUAAGUUCUAGUGAAUUCACAGAAAAUAUUCUAACAUGCUCAGUACUGGCUAUUAAAGGAGGUUACCAAUCUUUUUUUUACCAUCAACAAAAUCACCAGUGUAUACUACAAUCAGAGAAAAUACAUGUGGUUUCUGAUCUUUCUGUGAGUGAUGGUUACAGAUAUUUAGUACAAGACGGUCCUACCUGUGGUCCUCCACCUACACUAGAAAAUGGUCAACUGGUGUCAGUUAGUCAGGUCAAUGGUGAUUAUGUAGCUGAAUAUUCAUGUAAUACUGGAUUUUAUUUUUCGGGGCCCAAAACAUCUACUUGUUCUGGUGGAAUAUGGUCAACUGGAAUGAACUGUAAAUGUAAGUUGUUUUUAAUCUAA